CGAGGGGCGGAGAGGAAGGCGGUGGCGACGGUAGCGGGGAUGUGGAGGCAGGUGCAGGGGUGCGGCGACUGGGAGGGGAUGCUCUCGCCGGCGCCGCACCCGGUGCUGAGGGAGGAGGUGGCGCGGUACGGCGAGCUGGUGGACGCGUGCUACAAGGCGUUCGACCUUGACCCGGCGUCGCGGCGGUAUCUGAACUGCAAGUACGGGAGGGAGCGGAUGCUGGAGCAGGUGGGCAUGGCCGAGGCCGGCUACGAGGUCUCGAGGUACAUCUACGCGGCGGCCGACGUGAACGUGCCGACCAUGGAGCCGUCGACGAGCGGCCGGGGGCGGUGGAUCGGCUACGUCGCGGUGUCCACCGACGAGAUGACGCGGCGGCUCGGGCGGCGCGACGUGCUCGUCUCGUUCCGCGGCACUGUCACGCCCGCCGAGUGGAUGGCGAACCUCAUGAGCUCGCUGGAGCCGGCGCGCCUCGACCCGUGCGAUCCGCGCCCCGACGUGAAGGUCGAGUCCGGGUUCCUCAGCCUCUACACCUCCGCCGACAAGACAUGCCGCUUCGGCGGCGCCGGGAGCUGCCGGGAGCAGCUCCUCCGGGAGGUGUCCCGCCUGAUCGACACCUGCUCCAAGGCCAACCCCGGCGAGGACAUCAGCGUCACGCUCGCCGGCCACAGCAUGGGCAGCGCGCUCGCGCUGCUCUUCGCGUACGACCUCACCGAGCUGGGCCUCAACCGGGACGCCGCCACCGGCCGCGCAGCCCCCGUCACCGUCUUCUCCUUCGGCGGGCCGCGGGUCGGCAACGCCGCCUUCAAGGCGCGCUGCGACGAGCUCGGCGUCAAGGCGCUCCGCGUCACCAACGUCCACGACCCGAUCACCAAGCUCCCGGGCAUCUUCCUCAACGAGGCCACCACCGGCGUGCUCCGCCCGUGGCGCCACUCCUGCUACACCCACGUCGGCGUCGAGCUCCCCCUCGACUUCUUCAAGGUCGCCGACCCGGCAUCCGUCCACGACCUCGGCACCUACAUCUCCCUCCUCCGCAACGGCGACAAGAAGCCACACGCCGCCGCCGCCGCCGCCGCCACCGCCCGGGACCGGGACGCCGCAGCCGGCGUGCUCGCCAAGGUGAUGGACUUCGUGGGCCGGCGGCGCGCCGGCGCAUUGCCGUGGCACGACGCGGCCAUGAUACAAAUGGGCGGCUUGGUGCAGACACUUGGGCUAAUCUGAGCAGCUAACCACUGUCACCACUACUAAUCACGAUUAACAGACCACUAAUCCUCUUCGACAUUUUAUUCGAGGGUUUUAAGGUCGAAUUUUUUUCCUUCCUUUGAUUUGUUUCUGUAUAGAUAGAUCAACCAUCACAGAGAUCCCAAACAUGAAGAAAAAAAUUCAAUUUUUUUGUUCUGUUUUUUUCCCACACUGUAUAUAGAGAGACAGAGAGAUUCAUGAUUCAUGAGCCUCAAAGCAGAGCAUUGUAAACACAAACAACAAAACUGAUCUGAAUUUGUUUGAUUCAUUUGGACAUCUGAACUUCUCUUUGUUCUUCAUUCA